CCGUUACAAUCAAUAAAAAAAAAUUAGAGAACAAGAGGACUUUAAAAUGACUGGUAAGUGAGAGAUUAAAGGGAAAAACAGACUACUUAUUUUAAUGUGCUUAAGAGAUUGAAGAGAAUCCAUGGCAAGUAUUUAAGGGUUGAAGAAGGCUCAAAAUAGAGGCAAAGUUUUAAUUAAGUUUUUGAGAGGGAUCCCCCAAGAGUAUUGCAACAGCCCGAAGCUAGUCCACACUAGUCGGAGGUUGGCUGCCGAGAAAGCACACAAACAACACCAUUCACUGUAGCAAAUUAUACCCAAAAAAAAAAAAAGCCAAUCAAUACUUGGAUCAAACCAAAUCCAAAUGGCUCGUGGAAAGGUUCAGAUGAAGCGUAUCGAGAACCCGGUGCACCGGCAGGUCACCUUCUGUAAGCGCCGUGCAGGGCUCCUCAAGAAGGCUAAGGAGCUUUCCGUUUUGUGUGAUGCUGAGAUUGGAGUUUUCAUCUUCUCCGCUCAUGGAAAGCUUUAUGAAAUGGCCACCAAAGGAACUAUGCAAGGGCUUAUAGAGAGGUACAUGAAGGCUAAUCCAGCGGCUCAGACUGAACAAGCAGCCAUGGAGAUGCAGCCUGCUGCAGUGCCGGAUGCAAAUGAGGAGAUCAACAUGCUGAAGCAAGAGAUUGAGAUUCUCCAAAAAGGCCUCAGUUAUAUGUUUGGAGGCGGAGCCGGGACGAUGACAUUGAAUGAACUUCUUCUGCUUGAGAAACAUCUUGAGAUAUGGAUUUAUCAUAUCCGCUCAGCAAAGAUGGACAUUAUGUUUCAAGAGAUCAAUCUGCUGAGGAACAAGGAAGGAAUUCUGAAAGCUGCAAAUAAAUAUUUGCAAGAUAAGGUAGAGGAGAACAUUGGAAAUAUUGCUGACUUUGGAGAAAUGACUACUAAUACUGACUACCCACUAACCAUACCUAAUGAAAUAUUUCAGUUCUAGGAUUUGCUCCAACUAUAUAUAUCAUACCUAUGAUAUUAAUUAAUUGGAGCAUCUAUAUUAUUAUCAAAAUUAUUAUUUUUAGUUUAUCAUCAUGUGUGUGUAAAAUAUUUCUUUGUAUCAUUACUAAUUAUUUAGGCUCUCCAUAAUAUGGUAUGCAAAGUCAUCAACCAUCUUCCUCAAAUAAUGUAUUCUGAUACAAAAACCUUAGCUAAAUUAUAAUUGAUGUUGUGG